AUGCCCCUUGCAGGGACUCCUGCUCCUCUUAAAAGGAAAAAGUCCACUAAACUCAUUGGGAAGCUGACACAUGAAGCUAUGCCACAAGAGGUGUCCAAGCUGAACCUGGGGAAGAAGAUCAGCAUCCCCAGAGAUGUGAUGCUAGAAGAGCUUUCUCUCCUCACCAACAAAGGAUCCAAGAUGUUCAAAUUACGUCAGCUAAGAGUGGAGAAGUUCAUUUAUGAGAAUAACCCUGAUGCCUUCACUGACAAUUCUGUGGAUCACUUCCAGAAGUUCAUCCCGCCAGGAGGGAGCUAUGGGGAGGAUGCUCACGGCUAUGCCCACGGGCGGAUGGUGGGAGGAUCGGCAGCCGGGCAGCACGGCUCCAGCACGCAGCAGCAGCCCGGGGGCCCUCCCAGGCCUGCAAGCAGAGCAGGCGCCAGAGAUGGUGAAGGGGAGCAUGCCGGGAAGUCCUCUGGAAGUGCUGGAGAAGGAGGCGAUGGUACUGACAAAGAUGGGAAGUCAGGAGGCAAAAAAGUUACUAUAUUUAAAACUUAUAUUUCCCCUUGGGAACGAGCGAUGGGUAUCAGCCCUGAGGACAAAAGCCAGUUCUCCACGGACUUACUGUCAUACAGCCCCAAAGCUGAUUUCCCCCACUACAAGUCUUUUAACCGGACUGCCAUGCCUUAUGGGGGUUUUGAAAAAGCAGCCAAACGGAUGACCUUCAAAGUGCCUCAGUUUGAUAUCUGCCCUUUGCUCCCAGAAUCUCUCAUGAUAUAUAAUCAAAAUUUCAGCAAAAGACCCUCCUUCAACAGAACCCCAAUACCUUGGAUGCCUUCAGGAGACUUCUCAGAGUACCAGACUACGGUCAAUGUGCCAAUGAGUGGUGAAACAGAAGAGUUGUAA